UUUUACCUCUACAGCAUUGAAGAGUUCUUUCAAAAUGUCAGCACGGAAUUUUAUUUCACUCGUUUCAAAGCCACUCUUUCGAAGUAAAACAUCUUUAUUACUAACGUCAAGAUGCUGUUCCUAUUUUCCUGUUAAUGAUGCUUUGUUUGGUUUAACACAAGAACAGAAGCAGCUUAGACAGACUGUGUUUCAGUUUUGUCAAAAGGAGCUUGCUCCCAAAGCAGAUGAAAUUGACAAAACCAAUGAGUUUAAAGACAUGAAGGACUUUUGGCGUAAAUGUGGAGAACUUGGUUUGAUGGGAAUCACUGCACCUUCACAGUAUGGAGGGACAGAGGGGACAUACUUAGACCAUUGUUUGGUGAUGGAGGAAAUGAGUCGAUUUUCAGCCGGUGUGGCACUAAGUUAUGGGGCACAUUCCAAUUUAUGUGUAAACCAAUUUGUUCGGAAUGGCAGUGAAGCUCAAAAAGAAAAAUACUUACCAGAGUUGAUUUCAGGUGAAAAAGUAGGAGCUCUUGCUAUGAGUGAACCUAAUGCUGGCUCAGAUGUUGUUUCAAUGAAACUGAAAGCGGAGAAAAAAGGAGAUUAUUACUUGUUGAAUGGGAGCAAGUUUUGGAUUACCAAUGGCCCAGAUGCAGAUACGUUAAUCGUGUAUGCCAAGACUGAUUCAUCUGUGGCUCCUCAACAUGGAAUUACAGCUUUUGUCAUUGAAAAGGGAAUGCCAGGGUUCAGCACUGGAAUCAAGUUAGACAAACUCGGAAUGAGAGGUUCCAAUACCUCAGAAUUAAUAUUUGAAGACUGUAAAGUACCAGUGGACAAUAUGUUGGGGAAGGAAGGUCAAGGUGUAUACAUAUUAAUGUCGGGGUUGGACAUUGAGAGGACUCUUGGUUCUGCCGGCCCAGUAGGGAUAAUGCAGGCAUGCUGUGAUGUGGCAUUUGAAUAUGCUCACCACAGGGAAGCUUUCGGGCACAAGAUUGGAACAUUUCAGAUGAUACAAGCAAAAAUGGCCAACAUGUACACUACACUGAAUGCCUCCCGGUCGUAUGUUUACAACGUGGCUCGCUCGCUGGACAGAGGAGAAAGACAAAACAAUGAUUGUGCAGCAGUAAUUCUCUACACAGCGGAGGCAGCCACACAGAUGGCACUAGAUGCCAUUCAGAUACUAGGUGGAAAUGGAUAUAUAAAUGACUAUCCUACUGGGCGUUUUCUGAGGGAUGCUAAGCUUUAUGAGAUUGGAGCUGGAACCAGUGAAGUCAGGAGAUUAAUCAUUGGACGUGCUAUAAAUGCCAAUUACAAAUAAUGUAUACAUAUCUCAGCAACAUAAAAGCAACAGUCUGUGAUUAUUCCAGUAUUUUAUUUGUGAAUACAAAUACUCUCAUCGAAUCAGUGGCCACAUCUUGUAUGUAGAGCCAGUGGCUUUUGCACAUCCAUUCAGUGGCCCCUCUAAUAUGUACUGAUAAGAGCAUCUCUAUCUGGUGUGAUAAUUUGUGUCAUUAUAUAUACAUGUACCUCAGAUUGAUGAUAUUGCAAUCAUGUUCAUAUUGAAUUUGUUGUGUUCACAGGAUACUGUGUGUGUCUGAAAACAAUUUGUUGAUCAAAUAAAAAUAUUCAGAACAUUC